GUAAGUAGCUGCAGAAGAAAACAAGCAGAGAAACACUUCAUCAUUAACAGUCAUUAACUGCCCGGAAAGAUGCUUCUUAACCUACUGGAGGGCACGGGAAGCAUGGAAUGAAACUUCUUUUAUUCUCUCUUUUUAGGGAGAAGAAAAGAAGGAGAGUAGUGGAGCUGACUGAGAAGAUGGUGGUUGAUGGAGGCACCUGUGAGUGGGAGGGACGAUGGAACCAUAUCAAAAAGUUUCUGGAAAGGUCAGGGCCCUUCACGCAUCCGGACUUUGAACCCAGCACAGAGUCGUUGCAGUUUAUGUUAGAAACCUGCAAAAUCCUGGUCAUUGGUGCUGGUGGUCUGGGAUGUGAGCUGCUGAAAGACCUGGCUUUAUCAGGCUUUCGCCACAUUCAAGUUGUCGACAUGGACACCAUUGAUGUGUCAAACCUGAAUCGACAGUUCCUCUUCAGGCCAAAAGAUGUAGGUCGACCCAAGGCGGAAGUUGCAGCUGAUUUCAUCAACAGCCGCAUACCUGGAUGCUGUGUAAUCCCACAUUUUAAGAAAAUUCAAGAUUUAGAUGAAACAUUCUACAGACAAUUCCAUAUAAUUGUCUGUGGACUGGACUCUGUAGUUGCCAGGAGGUGGAUGAAUGGUAUGCUGCUGUCUUUGUUGGCAUAUGAGGAUGGCGUCUUAGACACAGGUUCCAUCAUACCUCUAAUCGAUGGUGGGACCGAAGGCUUUAAAGGCAAUGCCAGAGUCAUCCUCCCCGGCAUGAACGCCUGCAUCGACUGUACCCUCGAGCUUUACCCUCCUCAGAUCAACUUCCCCAUGUGCACAAUAGCCUCCAUGCCUCGUUUGCCUGAACAUUGCAUUGAGUAUGUCCGGAUGCUGCAGUGGCCCAAAGAGAUGCCCUUUGGAGAUGGUGUGGCCCUGGACGGGGAUGACCCAGAUCACAUCCAGUGGGUGUACCAGAGAUCCCUGGAGAGGGCAGCAGAUUUCAACAUAACAGGAGUCACAUACAGACUAACCCAGGGUGUCGUAAAGAGGAUAAUUCCAGCUGUAGCGUCUACAAAUGCUGUCAUAGCUGCUGCUUGCGCAACCGAGGUUUUCAAAAUAGCAUCAAGUGCCUAUAUACCUCUCAAUAACUACAUGGUCUUCAAUGAUGUUGACGGCCUGUACACCUACACUUUUGAAGCAGAGCGGAAGGAAAACUGUUCGGCCUGCAGCCAAGUACCUCUGGACUUGCACUUUUCUCCAUCUUCCAAACUCCAGGAGAUGUUGGACUACCUGACUGAGAGUGCCUCCCUACAAAUGAAAUCACCUGCUAUAACUGCAACAGUGGAAGGAAAGAACAAAACAUUAUAUUUACAGUCUGUCGCUUCGAUUGAACAGAGGACGCGGCCAAAUCUGUCCAAAACGCUGAAGGAGCUGGGGCUGUCUGACAGACAAGAGCUGGCCGUCGCCGAUGCCACCACACCCCAAACCAUGUUGUUCAGACUUUGCUUUACCUCAUAGGAUGAAUUCAAGCACUCCCACAAACAGUUGAUGUCAUUCUUGUUUCUUGGCCAGCUAUGACUUGAUGCGGAAUAUUUAAAAUGGCCUAAAAACUAGGAACAGUUUACAGUGUAUUCAGUCACAGUGUAAAUGAGUGUAGCUAAUUUCAUUGUUUUAAUGUACUUAUUGACUAAUGUUUUGCACUGAAAAGCCAAAAUCAUAGUUCAUACCUUGUCAUGUUUUGGUGAUACAUUGUCUGCAAAUGUUGAGGAUUUCUGCAUUAAUGUUUCAUUAUCUGCACUACAACCUAAAGCGUGCUACGUGCAAACAAAGAGACAAAAAUUGGUUACUUUGGUAAAUGUUAUUCUGUACAUGUUCUGGUUUUGAAUAUUUUGAAUAUUUAUUUAUUCCAACACAGUUUUUUUUAGUUGCAGUAACCACUGAAGUGGUAAUCGACACUGAUAACGAUGUGUGAACUGGAAUAAAAAUGUUUUUCUUACAAA